UACAGCUUGAUCAUCAGUGGAAUAAAAAAUCGGUUCCAAGGACUCAAUGAUGCACUUCUUGCAACAGCAACUCAUUCUAUUUUAAUGGAGAAUGGAGUGAGAAGUGCUUUCAGUGUUCGUAUGAUUGUCGAGAAUCUCCUGGUGAUCAGGCAAGCGAGGAGUCGAAUUUACAAAGUCUAUCACGAGGUUUCUCAUCUCCAUUCAUUCCCAGCUUUUGUUGCUAUUUUUUAUUGCUGCUGCUCGUCCGUUUAUAAUAUUUAUUUCGUUGUCAUGAGCAUGAUUACUCCGGUGAGGGCCACGGUCAAGGCUGAGGUCCUCGUUGAUUCCACUUUUUGGAUUCUUACUGCUAUCUUUCCGAUUGUCGUAUUGAGUGCAAGUGUUCAUGAGCUCCAGGAAGAGGGGGAGCGAACUGCUGCUGUUAUUUAUGAUAUAACGGAAGUUUAUGGAUCAAACAAAGAGAUUGAAUGUGAAUUAAAUAAUUUUGCUAUUGAAUUGAUGCACAGAAAAAUCAGCAUUCAGGCAUGUGGACUUUUUUCCCUGGAUUGCCGACUUUUGCGUUCAUUAUUUGCUACUGUCAUCACAUAUUUGCUGAUUCUUGUGCAGUUCAGGGGACCAGUGGCCGCCGGAAAUUAAUAAUUAUUGAUAAUUGUUAAUUGUUAACUAAAUAAAGGUAAUGAAUCAAUGGAAUUUGUCGUCUUUAAGACAGAAUUUCAGUUUUAA